GCGCCCACAGUGGUAGAAUCGAACGUCCCCGAGCGCAUACUGCGCUCGAGUCUCUGGAAGGAAGAUAACGGUUUCUUUUUUCGUCCCCUCUCCGCUCGAAACAACAAGAACAAACCAAACCUGAAUUUUAAGGGGGGGUUUACAGAGUAUUCUCAUCUCAAGGAGGAGGGAAGCGAAGGACUGGAGCCACGAGUUUUUGUUAUUCUUUUUCGUUUUUUUUCUUCUCCUUUUCCAAAAAGAGGAUUCUGUGUUUCACGGCGGUUUGUUCUCCGCUCUCGCCGCAAAGAUGAUGGUCGGAGAGGUCGAAGUGAAGGAGCGACCGAGGCCGAGUCCCGACUAUUUGAUGCAAUUGUUAAACGAGAAGAAGCUAAUGACCAGUUUGCCAAAUCUCUGCGGCAUCUUCACACACCUGGAGAGGCUUCUCGACGAAGAGAUCAACAGAGUGCGUAAAGACAUGUACAGCGACUCUGCAAAUGGCCUUGUGGACAGACACCCCAUGGAGCUGCCGGAGCCUCUGGGACCCAUCGUCCACCUGCAGGAAAAACUGUUUGUGCCUGUCAAAGAGUACCCUGAUUAUAACUUUGUGGGGAGAAUCCUCGGUCCACGUGGACUCACAGCCAAGCAGUUGGAGGCAGAGACGGGAUGCAAAAUCAUGGUGCGAGGCAAGAGCUCCAUGAGAGACAAGAAGAAGGAGGAGCAGAACAGAGGGAAGCCAAACUGGGAACACUUAAACGAAGACCUGCAUGUCCUGAUCACGGUGGAAGACACACAGGGCAGAGCCGAGGUCAAAAUGAGGAGAGCAGUGGAGGAGGUCAAGAAGCUCCUCGUACCUGCGGCCGAGGGAGAAGACAAUUUGAAGAAGAUGCAGCUGAUGGAGCUGGCCAUUCUGAAUGGGACAUACAGAGACAACAACAUCAAAACACCCACCCUUGCAUUCUCUCUUGCAGCGGCGGCAGCGGCCGCUCAAGGCCAACGUCUCAUUGCGGCCCCCAAUGGUCAAGUAUUGCCUCCCCAGGCACUCCGGCCUCCAACACCAGGUGGGGGCUCCAUCAUGAACCUCAUCCGGUCCCCUCAGAUGGCCGCCAUGUUGCCCAAUGGUACCCCCACCCUGGUGCCUCCCUCACCGGAUGGCGGUCUUAUCUACACCACCCAAUACGAUUACCCUUACGCCCUGGCACCCACCUCCCUGCUGGAGUAUCCCAUUGAGCACAGUGGGGUUCUAGGUGCAAUGGCUACUAAAGUGAGACGGCAUGACACGCGGGUCCAUCCUUACCAAAGGAUUGUGACCGCUGACAGAGCCGCCACCGGCAACUAACACAUGACCUUCUGACCUCUGAACUCUUCACCCAAUGACGAGCCGCCCCAAGCCUGCCUGCUGAUCAGUUAACUGGUAAUUGCCUUUUGCUAGCCUCUCGGACGCAAGUGAGAGAGGGAGAGAGAGGGAGGCGCGCCUGACCGUACAGUUACCCAAACACGUUCUGAACAAAGAGAAAAACAGAAACAGAAACCAAUGGAAAAUCUUCACAGAAACACAACAAAACCCAACAAAGUUGUGUGUUAUCCAUAUUUUUCCCUCUGUUCAUUGAGUUCAGUUCCCAUUCUUUCUAUUUCUUUUUCUUCAUGAAUCAUGUACUGGGUGGACGUGUUUGUGGUAUGACUCAUAAAUCUGCACUGAAUUAUAUAGCAAUAAUGACCCCCCACCCCAACCUGCUCACCCACCCCCCAUUUAUUCACUCUCAAUUGGUGACCUCACAUCCACGAACAAAAGUUCAAAAUCUAUUUGAUGCAAACUAUUUGGUUUCACAGUAAUAAGAUCAGCCUCCCCCCCCCCCCUCUGAAAAACAAAACAAUCUCCCGAGCCCCCCACCCCCCACCCCCCCCUGCCCACUCUGUUGCUACCUACUGGGAGAGAAAAGAAAUAGAAGGAAAGAGAACAUACGCUCACAUUAACUUGUUUAAUUUGUCAUUUUUUCCAUGUAGUGCAGUUGUUGAGCUCUAAAAUGUAAUUUAUGAGCUGACACAUUCUGGGUGUGCCCCUCUAAACGGCUUCCUCUCUGUUUUUAAAAACAAAAAAGCAUGGCUACAAUGAUUGCAAAAAGCUUUUUAUGAUUUAUGUGUUUUUUUGUUGUUGUUUUUUUUGGCUUUACUCAUUUUCUCGACUUGAUUUUGGUUUCUCUGUUGUUCACAUUUGACUAAUUAGCUUUGCUUGAAUUCGCCAGCCAAAAUAAGGCAAAUGGUAACCUCUGGAAAACAAAAGCAAUCUAAUGUAUGAAGCAGGCUGCAGAAACUAAGGAAGGGCAAGAUGGGAAGGUCAGCGUUUGGGCCGAUGGGUCUGUGUGUGUGUGUUUUAAUUAAUACUACAAUGAAAGUAGGGUGUGCUGAGGCUUCGGGGACUUUGGGUCAGUGCUUAUCAGCUACUGACCGUUGCUACGUCCCCAUCCACACUACAUCCAUUAUACAGUGCCUGAUGUAUUUAGAAAAUAAUCUCGAUGAGUAAGAAGAGCUGUGAUUGAAAAGACAAAAAAAAGUAUUAAGUGUGCAUAUUUAGCCAAAGGGUUUCUCAAUGAAUUAUAUAUCUGCAAUUAUGCAUUUGACUCACAGAGGGCUUUCUUUGUGAUUUUAGAGUUUUGAAGGGUGUGAAUUUGUGGUGUCUUCAACUGGAACAGAGAGACACUCAGUUAGAUUACUUUUGACCCAUUCAUUUAUUUUUUCUGAGGAGGUGACAAAAGGCAAUUAACACUAAAUCAACACGCUACUCAAUUACAGGACAUAGCUAGGGGAAGGGCACUUUGAAGUUCUGUACAUAAGUGCUUUUGUCUUGAGGUUUCUGAACUGAUUUGUUUCAUCACACAUUGCCAAAAUAGUUUUUAUUUCCUUGUUUGUUUGCAUCUCAACAUUUGGCCACUUUUGCGUUUAAGUGUCUUUCUUUAUUGUCAACCCAAGCUACAGGUGGCCAUAAUCUGAGCCCUCCUGCAAAUAUUUCAUUAUUUUAGGGAUGAAACGUUUAUUUUCAACGCAUGACAAACCCUCCAAAAGCGCAUCCACAAUGUGUCACACUUCCCUCUGAUCGGAGUCGAGCUCCUGAGCUCACAAUCCUUUGUUCAACUCUCUCAAGAAAAAAAUAGGAUGUGAAAGCCAUGCCUGCCUGUUCAAAUUGCUUUAUACAUACGUCUUAUAUAUAUGAAAAAAAUAUAUAUACGUGUGUGUAUAUAUAUAUAGAUAUAUAUACACAUGUAUAUACAAAUGUAGAUAUCUGUCAUUGCAUAUACAAAUACAUAAGUGAACAAAAAAAUAGAUAAUUUUACAGGGUGCUGGAGAAGAUAAAAAAAUUAAAAUCUAUUUUUGGCAAUUUUAGCUUUUGAUACUUUACUUGCAGUUACAAAAUCUGAAAAAAAUAAAAAAUGAAGAAAAGUUUAAAACGGCAUGGGGGAUAUGAGUGGGUGUAGAAAAAGCGCUGUUACUUGGAUGUGAUCAAAAGCGUCAUAACUCUUGAAAAGUUAUCGAGGAUGAGAGCGCGACGGACGCCCUCGAGAGUUUUAAAGAGGAGCAAAUCAAAGUGCCUUAUCAACAGCGGUUUCUGUUUUCUGAGUAUUCCAGUUGUGUUCAAUAAUACCCAGCACCCACCGAGAUGGCGCAGAGAGGAAUGGCUAGUGUUACGUGGGUAGCUCCCACCCUAUCGUGGUGUUACCGAAGUUAUUCUAUGCAAAAAGAAUAGCAGUCGUUUUGACCAGCUAAAAUAUGUGCCAUAGUUUUGUCUUCCUGAAAUGAUUUUGUUUUUCUUUUCCUUAACUUGAUGGCCCUUUACUCUGCUGUAUGUGCAGGAUGUGUCCACUUUUUAUUUAGAUUUUAAUGAUCAUAUGAACUCUUGUCUCGAUCUUUGGCGACUGUGACUAACUUCCUAGAACAAAUUGAACUGCCAAUAGCUUUGCAGCAGUCUGCCUGAACGUGUUCUAAUCCGGAGCUAAAGAAAUACAUUAAGGUAACGGAUAUGAACAAUGUGGAGGGGGGGGGGCUUCCCUUCGGCAUUGAGCUUAAUUUGUUUCAAUAGCUGUAAACCGAAAGCAUCCAGUCCGUGUCUCCCGAUGUCAAUUUGACAACAAACUAUCAGUCCCGGGACUUCCAAUGGCCGUGUGAAAUGCCGAUAAUGAAAGGAGCGACUCUUAUUUCACAGCCAAAUGGUUUUCAGUUAUUGAAACAACUGACAGUUCUUUAUUAGGGGGUAAAAGUAUUUAAAUUCUAUCAAAUAUUACCCUUUGUUCUUCUAUUCAUAGCUUUUUCAUCGUGAUGUUACAUCGAAGGGUCAAUUAACUUUUGUUUCUCAGUGUUAUUAUUUUAAAUUGAAAUGCAAUAUCAAAGUGGAGCAAGUGAUGGCUAUUCAGCAUUUGACAGUAUUAAGAAAAUUCCUUCCGCGAUGUUACAACUUGCUGUUUCAUUGUGAAAGGCUGGAUAAGUCCAUCAGGUGAAAGGUUAACUAUAUACCUACCGUAUUCUCUCUGGCCUGCCUACUACAUGUAUGAUAAUGUAAUUAACAGCCAUUGUUACAGGUUUAUAAUGUAUUUUUCUAAUCUCAUUUUAUAUGUAUAUUAAUCAUGUUUCUGAGUGCUUUUUUUUUAAUGAAAUCCACAUGCAACUCCCCCCACCCCCAAACGUCCCAUCUCUUCCUCCCCUCCCCAUUCUUUUACAUCUGAAACUGUCUCUUGUGGGGAGUGUUGCCUUUUCCCUGUUACAUUUGGUUUUGUUUUCUUGCUUAUUCCCAGCUUGUUUAACUCAUUAGCUACUUUAUUAGUUCUUCUGUCAUAAGUAUUUUUACAUGCUUGCAUUUAGUUUUCAUGGUGUAUGCUGUUAUUUUUCUUAUUAACCUCUUGGCAUUUAUUUUAAUAAAACAUUCUUAGUAAGAAUUUUACUAA